CAGCAGGUCUGCAGGUUUAUAAAGACGAGGAGAGGGUCAGUCUGUCACCACGGAGACGAUGGCCUGGCUGAUCCGCAUCGUCUGCAUCCUGGUCUGUGGACCGGCUCUGCUGGAGGGAAAAGCCUCAGAGUACCAGCUGGACUCAGAGUCUCUCAGUCAGUGUGAGUUGUUAAGGGGUGUGGCUGUCGCUAAGCAACAAGACCACAUCCCUCACUGUACAGAAGAUGGACGUUUCAGACAUGUUCAGUGCAGUGUUCAGGGUCAGUGCUGGUGUGUUGAUGCUGAAGGCCAGGAGGUGAUCGGGACUCGAACCGACAACUCUGCUCCUCACUGUCCAUCUCCCUGUCAGCUACAGUCCGUCCUUCGCUGUUCUCCUUCUGGACUCUUUGAGCCAGUUCAGUGUGAUUCCAGCAGGGGGCAGUGUUGGUGUGUGGAUCAGGAUGGGAUGGAGCUGUACGGGACCAGACAGAACGGGAGACCACAGACCUGUCCUGGCAGCUGUGAGGUGAGGUCGCGGCGUCUCCUCCACAGUUCUGGAUCUGGUUCUCAUCCUCAGUGUUCAGGUGAUGGCAGCUUCCUCCCUGUUCAGUGCAAGUUCAUCAACAUGACCGAUAGGAUGGAGAUCAACCUGCUGGAGGCCUUCAACAGUUUCCCAGAAGCAUUUGAGUCGUUCAGUAACUUCAGGAAGUUCUUCCCAAUGGUUUCAUCGUACUGUUUCUGUGCAGACAGCAGAGGAAGAGAGAUGCACAACACAGGUCUGGAGCUCCUCCUGUCCAACGUCUACGACUCUGCCUUUUCUGGUCUACGAUCUGGUCGAUCCUUCACUCAGUCCAACAUCUACAGAGUCCUGCAGAGGAGGACGCUGGGAGUCCGCUUUGCCCUCACUGGACAGUUCAGAUGCCCCUCCCCCUGUGAAGAGGAGCGCCGGGCAGCGACGGAGGCGUCCAGUGUCUUUGUUCCAUCCUGUGAGAGUGGAGGGUCAUUCAGUUCCAGACAGUGCCAGCAGGGGGGGCAGUGCUGGUGUGUCGACCCCACGGGGAGAGAGAUUCCUGGUACUCGACAGCUUGGAGGCUCCCUGGUCUGCAGCUCAGGUUCAGGUCUUGCCAACUGCCCCGCCCAGCGUCGUCUGGCUCUGUCCCGGCUCUUCUCUGGUCCUGUUGAUCCUCCUCAGACCUCCUCAGCCAGGUCUUCGGCCUCCUGUCAGUCACUCCUCCUCCCUCUCAAAGACCUCCUCCCCAUAGAGUCAGAUCCCACUUCCUUCCUGACCCAUGUGGUCCAGGUCCUCGAUGGUCUGUUUCCCUCGGUGGGCGGGGCUCUGGAGGCGUUUGCCCGCUCCUCCCCUCGUCGUCUCCAGGAGAACCUGUUCGGAGGGAAGUUCCUGAAGAACGCCGCUGCCUUCAACUUCAGUGGAGCAGUGGGAGACAGAGGAGCCCUUGGUCUGGACAGACUUUCCUCUCAGGACAAACUCCAGAAAAACCAGAACCUGGUCCAGACUGUGAGCCGGGCCCUGGAGGACUCUGCUUUCAUCUCAGCCCUCCAGAACCUCCUGAUGGGGAUGAGCAGCUCAAAGUCCGCUUCACUCAACCAGGUUUUCACUCCUCUGCUUCACUCCUGCUCUGAUAAUGAUGAGGAUGUGCAGUCCAUCUUCAUCCCUCGUUGUACCCCAGGUGGUGGGUUCCAUGAGUUGCAGUGUCAGGGUGAUGAGUGCUGGUGUGUGGACUCUCAGGGUCAGGAGGUCGCUGGGUCCCGGACCACUGGUCGUCGACCUCACUGUCCAUCACGCUGUGAGAGGGAGCGAGCAAUGGCGCUGAAGGUGAAAGGAAGCCUAGCAGCUGGAGCUGAAAUCCACGUCCCAGCCUGUUCAGAGGACGGAGAAUUCCUGGCGCUCCAGUGUGUCGGAUCCCGAUGCUUCUGUGUGGACACUGAGGGGAAAUCGAUGGCAGCGGGACCAACAGGGGGCGCUGUUACCUGUCCUCGGAGACCAGAGAAGCUCCAGUCGUCUGCAGGUACCUGCUCUCCGGUGUUGUCCAAGGUCACAGCGUUCAGACAGGAAGUGAAGAACAUCAUCGCUGUCUCAAACUCCUCCUAUUUCCCUCUGGGGUAUGGAUAUCUAUUGGCUGAAGGUCUGCAUUUGACCCCAGAGGAGCUGCAGAUCGACCAAUCAGAGGAGGAGCUGCUGAUCUCUGACAGGCUGCUGAGUCGCUCCAAUGCUGCUCUGCGAUUGGCUGCUUAUUCUACCAUCCAGAUGUUUGCUGCUCCUCAGAGUCGAUCCUAUGAACCAUACAGUCCACAGUGUGACUCUGACGGAAACUGGAGAAACACUCAGUGUCACCACAGCACAGGUCAGUGUUGGUGUGUUGAUGAAGAUGGAGUUUACAUCCCAGAUUCUCUGACCAGACGCUCAGUGGACCUUCCCAAAUGUCUGACCCGCUGUCAAAGAGCCCAGUCUCAGUCUCUGCUCUCUGAUUGGAUGAAAGGCUCUGAUGUCAUAAAUGCGGGUUCAUCCUAUCGGCCGAAGUGUGAGGAGGACGGUCGUUUCUCAGUGCUGCAGACAGGAAGCGCUGCAGGCUGGUGUGUGAAUCCUUUCACUGGAGAGAUCAUGCAGACGGCAACACAGAGCUCGACAGGACAGUACACAUGUCCCUCCUGGUGUCGUCUUCGUGACUCUCAGUGUCGUCCAGACGGCUCCUUCAUCCCACUACAGUGUGACUCCACCUCCUGCUGGUGCGUCUCUGUUGAUGGGCAGGAAGUGGGUGGGACCAGGAUGCUACGGUCAACUGGACAAACACCAUCGUGUGACCGUCCUCUCUGCUCCGCCCCCGUCAUUACCCAUGGUGCACUGGUGUGUCAGCAGACAGACAGCGGCCUCCAAAGCUGUGACCUCAUUUGUCACCGAGGUUACCAUAAUGCACUUCCUGUCAGCAGCUUCCUGUGUGAGACAUCGAGUGGACAGUGGAGUGGGGAUGACAAACCUCUGAGUGGAGCCUGUCAGAUAUCUCAGCCUUUCCAGACAGCGUCAUCGUCUCAGACCUGGUUAUUGUCGUCAUCCUGUUCUCAGAUCAGUAGUUUACAGACUCAGCUGUUCCUCAUGAUGACCAGCAGGGGGCUCUGUUCUGCACAGCUUCCAGUGUCGAGUCACUCUGUGUCGCUGUGUGAUGACCAGUCGGUACGUCUGCAGUGUGAUGGAGACAACAUGCUGAGGUUAAAGGUCAGGUUCACCGCUGCCCUGUCUGACAUCCCAAACUCUGACCUCCCUGACCUCCAUGACAUCAGUCUGUUUCUGAACAAGUCAUCACUUCUGGAAGGGGUGCAGGGAAUUCUGGGUAAUUUGCGGUCCAAACUUGGGUCAGAUCCCAAACUGGUUUCGAUGUCAAUGCCAAGCUUUGGCUGUUCCCAUGGUUACCGACUGGACAGUGACAGGGAAGGCUGUGUGGUUUGUCCUGCUGGAAGCUUCUCCAGAGAGGGGGCGUGUCUGCUGUGUCCUCAGGGAACCUAUCAGGAUGAAGAGGGGCGGGACUUCUGUAACCGGUGUCCCAGAGGAUCAUCAGCUACUGGAGCAUCAUCUGUCAAUCAAUGUGUGACCGAGUGCCAGAGGCGAGGCCUACGGUGUUCAGACCAAGGCAACUUCCUGUCAGCUCAGCCCGACUUCCUCUCCAACAGGUGGAGGUGUGUCAGCAGAGAGGGUGCGGAGCUUCAAUGGACCGACAGCAACCGACCUCUGACUGAUGAGGAGUGCUCAGUCCUCAACAGGUUUCAGGCUGUUCCUGGAUCAGAUGUUGUCACUGGAGCUGAAGACACUGAGGUCCUGAAGACGAUGACCUCCGACCUCAACAGCUGUGUCCAAGCCUGUGCAGCGGAUCCAUCCUGUCACCAUGUGGCGCUGUUCAACAGACAGAGUCAGUGUGAACUGUACAGCACACACAUAAAGAACACACACUGCAACACAUCACAACAGACGACAGGGUUUCUGGGUAAUCCUCAGGCCGAGGUGUUUGAUAGGCUGAGCUGCUCCCUGAGAGUGAGGGGCGGAGCAUCAGAUCUACUGGUUGUCAGGAAGAAAGGGGCGGAGUUUGAGCAGCACACAAUGCUGAAGGCCAUCUCAGGUGUGUUCAAGACCCAGGUGUUCUCCUCCAAACAGACGUCUCUCUCUGAUGCUCAUCUGUUCUGUCAGUCCGGCUGCAGACAGGACGCCUGCUGCGACGGAUUCAUCCUUAACCAGAACAGCCUGAAUGGAGGUUCUCUGCUCUGUGGUUGGCUCAGAGCUCCAUCUGCCCUGAUGUGUGGUGACCGCGACUGGGAUGUGAUUGGUCAAGGAAAAGCCAGUCGUAUUUGUGGGGCGGGGCUUAGCUACAAUGAGCAGCAGCGGAGUUUUGUGUUUGACUUUGGAGGACAGAAAUUCACCAUCACUGAUUCUGCUCUGCCACCCGACAGUAAGAACAAAAAGGACUACCAGGCCUCUAUCGUCAGCUUCCAGGCCAUUUACCUGAAAACAGAUGCUGAUUCCUCAGCUGCCGGAUCUGGUUCAUGUUCAGCUGCAGAGGUCAUUCCUCCUCUGGAUGAUUCUGUUCAGCUCAGGUUCGAGUCUCUGUCAAAUGACGACGUCCUUGCGGAUCCUCAGAGGAAGCCACCCACUCUGUCCUUCAUGAUCAAUAAGAUCAACUACAACUCCCAGCAGGCCCUGCUCUGGUGCCUCUCACGUUGUGAGUCUGAACCUCAGUGCUCCAUCGUCGACCUACGUGACUCGGACUCUCCAGGUUUCUACAGUUGCGUGUUGUUUCCCGAUAGCAGAGUGUGUGGAGCCUACGACAAACCACUGAGACGACCCUGUCGCCCCCUACUGGACAGAGCGCCCAGCAACACCUACAGCAGGAAGGUGAAUCUGUCUGGACCAGUGAAGAGUUUCUACCAGAGAGUUUCCUUCCAGAAGAUGGUUUCAUAUUCUGUUCGCAGUCGAGUCAGUCUGACAGAAAACACAGCACUGUCUGAAGGGUUCAUGGAAUGUGAGCGACGUUGUGAUGAGGAUCCUUGUUGCCGUGGGAUCGGCUUCGUCAGAGACACAAAAUCACCAGGUGGUGCAGAUAUCGUUUGUCUGUCUCUGAUUAGUCUCGGGGUUCAGACCUGCAGUGAUGAAGACCAGACAUCCUGGAGGACUCAGGACUGUAGACCAUCUGUGGUCCAGACCAAACCAGACCCAUUUGGAUGGUACCAGAAACCUGUGAAUCAGUGGAGUUCAUUUCCUGCUCUUUGUCCUACAUUUAACCUACCUAAACUGAAGAACAAUGUGUCUUUGGACCAUUGGACUCUCCUCGCUGACUCAUCAGUCCUCAUCGACCCGUCCCUCUCUACGUAUGACGUCAUCCACCUGAGCCAAGACAUCGCCACCAACCAGGAUGAGACCCGUGACUGGUGUCUCCAUGCCUGUCAGGAGGCGGAGUCUUGUGUCGCUGUGUCACUCAAGAAGGCGGAGUCUGCCGUUCGUUGCAUUCUCUACCCUGACACUCGAAUUUGUGGGUUAAGCUCUGCCCCUGGGUUACCUAGCCCCACCUCCUCCUGUCAACUGGUCAUCAGAGAGCCCGCCUCCCAGGUGUACCUGAGGACAGAGUGGUUGCCAUCAGUUACGUCCAUCUCCAUCCCUGGCCAUGGGACCCUGCAGGGUGUCACUGUGGAAACAAGUCUGGGUUCAGACAGGAAGACAGUCGUUCAGUUCCUUGGAGUCCCGUAUGCCCGUCCACCAGUAGGAUCGCUCCGCUUCACAGCAGCUCAGCCAGCUGAUUGGACAGGAAGCUGGGACGCCUCAAAACCACGUCCCAGUUGUGUUCAGCCUGGUGAUGUGGAUUCUGCAGCUUCCAGUGAGGACUGUCUCUACCUCAACGUCUUCAGUCCUGCUGGUCUGACGGGGCGUGUUCCAGUCUUGGUUUUCUUCUACAACCCUUCAGCCAAUCAGAGCCCUGGACUGCUGGAUGGCUCUUCCCUCGCUGCUCUUGGAAACAUCGUUGUGGUAACAGCCAGCUAUCGAACUGCGGCGCUGGGAUUCUUGAGAACUGGUUCAUCUGGUCUCCUUGGUAACUACGGCCUGUCUGACCAGGAGGCGGUGCUUCGUUGGGUCGAUGCCCACAUUUCUCUGGUGGGCGGAGACAACAGGAGAGUGACAGUGGGGGCAGAGCGUCAGGGAGCCGACAUAAGCAGCCUCCACCUCCUCUCAUCGUCAUCCUCUUCAUCUCCUUUGUUCCAACGUAUGAUACUGAUGGGUGGAUCGGUGUUUUCUCCCUCUCUGUCUCAGUCAGCCUCCAGCUCCAGGAGUCUCGCCGUCGAACUCGCCAAAGAACUGGGAUGUGUGACCUCUGACCCCACUGAUGACAACCUCAUGACCUCCUGCCUCCGAGCGACGCCAGUCCAGAGACUGAACGCCGCUCAGACCAAACUAUUAUCAGUCAGCGGUCCGUUUCAGUCCUGGGCUCCGGUCCAUCAGUCGGCCUCUCAGUCGUUCCACAGAGUCGACCUCCUGGUGGGAACGUCAGGACACGAUGGACUGAUCAGCCGAGCCCGAAGGAUAAAGGACUUCGAAGCUCUUCAGGGUCGGACUGACGGGAAGACAGCGUUCUACGAGGCUCUGAGUCGCUCUCUGGGCGGAGUCAAGGGGAGUGGCCUGCUGAAGGAGGCAGCGGCCUGGUUCUACUCUCUGGACCACAGCCCCUCACCCUCUGGCUACAAUCUGUUCUCCAGAGCACUGGACAACGCCACCAGAGAUUUGUUCAUCAUCUGCCCCAGUCUUCAAAUGGCUCAACACUGGGCAAACAGCAAAGCCAACGUUUACCUUUAUCACCAACCAGCCACUGAGACCAGGGCUGAUGUGUCAGUGCCUCUCGAUGUUCAGCUGGUUUUCGGUUCUCCUCAUCAUCCAACCGGUGCUCAGCGUUUCAGUUCCUCUGAGCGACGCCUCUCUCUGGCUGUGAUGACAUACAUGUCCAGUUUUGUGAAGACCGGGAACCCAAACCCAUCUCCCAUGUGGUCGGAGACAGCCCUUCCCCGUUGGAGGCGUGUCCUGCCCUCUGCAGCUCCACCCACCUACAUGCAACUAAGCCCCGCCCUCAGUCAGCAGCAGGGUCUGCGUCAGAACGCCUGCUCCUUCUGGACCCAACUGGGACCCAGUCUGAGCCCACAGAGCAGUGACUCAGGGGCGGCGCUUGUCCAGACACUGCUGACUCCUGAGCUUCCUGUGGCCGCUCCAUCCAGCCAAUCACAGACAGAGAAGGACGCCUACAGUUAAACAUUAUCAUCAUCACUUCAGAGUCAUAACCCUGUUUCCUGUCAGUUUGAUUCAAAUGAAUGAAGAAACAACACUUGAUCAGUUCUGUUCUCAAUCAUCAAUAAAUGCAUCUAAAAUUAAA